AUGAAGCCGGAUAUCAAGGAUAGAGAGUAUAUGUACCGCUUGAUUAUUGGUCAGCUGUUUUAUGACGGAUAUCAACAAAUUGCUAUCAGUUUAGCUAAUGCGAUUGGAUGCUCUUCACAGCCUCCACCUCCUUCAGAUAAAUUAUUUCGUUUGGUUACAAUUGCAAAACAAUUUAUCGAAGAUCCCGAUGUGAAAGACAUUGAAACUGGUCUCCCUUUCGAAACAGUGUCGAAUGGUCUGGAUCUCGAGUAUGACGCUGAUGUUCAACCAACUUCUCCGGAGCCUUCGCAAUAUGAAACAAUUUAUUUAACAGUUCAUAAAGCCCCAUGCAGAGCAGCUGCUUUCAAUAAUGACGGUUCACUUGUUGCCACUGGAUCAGCAGAUUGUUCAAUUAAGAUUAUGGAUGUCGAACGAAUUUUAGCAAGAGAACGCGAGCAUAGGGAAAUGAAUGAAAACGGACCAGAUGCACACCAUCCAGUUAUUAGGACACUAUAUGAUCACAUCGAUGACGUCAAUGUAAUCCAUUUUCAUCCUCGCGAUCCAAUUCUGAUUUCCGGCUCCAACGAUAAAACUGUCAAACUUUUCGAUUUCUCUAAAACCGCUGUCAAACGAUCAAUGAAAACACUUACCGAAGUCUAUCCUAUCAGAGCCUUAUCGUGUCAUCCCGGUGGAGAGUUUCUGCUAGUUGCUACUGAUCAUCCUACUCUUCGUUUAUACAAUAUUGAAACUGCCCAAGCAUUUGUCUGCUCACACCCAGAUGAUCAGCACAGGGAAACUGUAAACGAUGUACAUUACUCCGAUAAUGCUAGGCUAUAUGUAACAGCUUCUAAAGAUGGAGACGUCAAAGUUUGGGAUGGAAUCUCUGGCCGUUGUGUUGAAACUUUCAAACGAGCUCAUGACGGUUCUUCAAUAUGUUCGGCAAAAUUCACCAAAAAUGGAAAAUAUAUUUUAACCAGUGGAAUGGACAGUAUUGUUAAAUUGUGGGAGCUUUCAACGAACCGGUGUCUUAUUGCAUAUACUGGAGCUGGAGCAACUGGAGUUCAGGAUCAUAUUAUAUCAGCGUCGUUUAAUCAUAACGAAGAUUAUGUAUUGUUCCCAGACGAAAAGAGUGGAAGUUUGUGUUCUUGGGACGCGAGAAAUUCGGACAGAAAGAGACUUUUGGCUCUAGGCCACACUGCAUCUACGCGAACAUUCGUCCAUUCGCCGACAAUGCCUGCAUUUGUAACAGGAAGCGACGAUUAUCGAGCAAGAUUCUGGUAUCGAAAACCGAAUCCGUCAGGAAAUUGA